AAACACUCCAAAGAAGGCAGCAACAAAAACAAUAUCUAUUUCCUCCCCAAAACCCAUCCAGUCAAUUGUUGAACGGAGAGAUCAUCUUAAUGGGCUUUUGUUUCCAAAACUUUGCUUCUUUGCAUCUUCUUCAUGCUCUUCCAUGGCUCCACAUCUCCGCUUUCUUCUGAUUCUUCAUAGAUUACCCAUCACCCGCAUUCACCUCCUCCUUAUUUUCCUCCAUUCUCUCUUAUAACUCUUCCUUCUCGCCGGUUUUUCCCGGUUCCAAGAAAAAAAGCCCGGAUUUUUCUUUCAUUUCGAAGUUGAAUUCAGGAGGGAAAGAACAGAUCUUUGAUUAAAAAAAGUUUUUUCAGUUAGCAAACUGAAAUUUUAAGGAAUGGCAUCUGUGCUAUUGUACCAUGUGGUAGGGGAUCUGACGGUGGGGAAGCCGGAGUUGGUUGAAUUCCCGGAAACAGAGACGGUGGAAGCAGCUAUAAGAGCGAUAGGAGAGUCGACAGAGUGUGGGAUACCAGUUUGGAAGAGGAUACCUGCUGUGGGAAUGGUUGAAAAGAAUGAAAUGAGACAGCAGAGGUUUGUUGGCAUUUUAACUUCACUUGAUAUUGUCUCCUUUUUAGCUAAAUCUCAGUGUUUGGAAGAUCAAGAUAAGGCUAUGAAAACACAAGUUUCUCAUGUUGUUGUCCCUAAUAAUUCUCUCUUGAAGAUUGUUGAUCCUGCUACCAGAUUGAUAGAUGCACUUGAGAUGAUGAAGCAGGGUGCGAGGCGAUUUCUUGUUCCAAAGAGCAAAGUAUGGAAGGGCAUGAGCAGGCGAUUCUCGAUUCUUUAUAAUGGGAGGUGGCUCAAGAACAAUGAAAAUGCUAGCAGCAGCAACCUCAUUCCUAAUGUCAACCGUCCUUCCUCUUCAUCAACCUCCACCUACAUGCAUGACAAGUUUUGCUGUCUGUCGAGAGAAGACAUCAUCCGCUUCCUCAUCGGUUGCCUUGGUGCUCUAGCUCCUCUUCCCCUCUCCUCCAUUUCCUUGCUCGGAGCAAUUAACCUAGACUAUAGCUCCAUUGAAGCCUCGCUCCCAGCUUUAGAAGCAACUCAAAAACAUCCCGGUGAUCCCAGUGCAGUUGCCGUUGUGGAGAUCACACCAGAUGGCCACCGUCAGAUUCUAGGAGAAAUCUCGGCCUCAAAACUAUGGAAAUGUGACUACUUGGCUGCUGCUUGGGCUUUAGCUAACCUCUCAGCUGGACAGUUUGUCAUGGGAGUUGAGGAUAAUUCGGGUUCAAGAUUGUUUCCCGAUUUUUCUGUUAAGUCGCCAGAUCAAGAUAAGAAAACAGAAAAUGGUGGCGGGUCAGCAAGGCUAAGGAGAUUCAGUAGUAGAAGCAUCGGGUUUAACCCGGUGAGCCCGAGUUUCGGUGUUGGCAGGAGCAUGUAUAGGGGCAGAAGUGCACCCUUGACGUGUAAGACUUCGAGUUCUUUAGCCGCAGUCAUGGCUCAAAUGCUGUCUCAUAGGGCUACCCAUGUGUGGGUGACUGAAGAUGAUAACGACGACGUUUUAGUCGGGGUGGUCGGUUAUUCCGACAUUUUGGUCGCGGUGACCAAACAACCUGCUGCACUGGUUCCCUCUACUCGAUCCAUCACAGAGCUUGCCUCGGGAAUUCAUAGCUGAGUUCCCCCCUUUCCGCGCCUUCACCUUUGUAUAUGUUUCCUUGGUAUUGUAUUACAUCAUACAUUAUUAUUGAACCGUUAUUACCUAAUAUUAUUGAUCGGACAAUAAAAGGAUGAAACUCAAGAACAUGAUUGUCU